AUGUCGCUUCGACAGCUUUCACUUCGCCCUGGUUAUAUCCGAGUGGCCUCCUUUGUGUUUAGGACGUCGCAUACCUCAAGAUGCGGCAUUCGAUACUCAAGCACGGCCCCGGCUACAGUCGUCGAUAGGUCAUUCUGGCGAAACUUGGUGCCGAAGCCACUGAGAAAGGAAAAUCGCCAGUUAAGGAAGAAGUCCAAGGAAUGGAAUCCCGCGACGUUCUUCAUUGCCAUAUUUCUUCUUAUCGGAUCCAUGUCGAUUCAGAUGAUUACUUUACGAAAUUCCUUUGAUCGAUACAUGCGACAGUCAGAGGCUCGGAUUGCAUCCUUGCGGGAAGUUGUCGAGAAAAUCCAACGAGGCGAGCCGGUUGACGUGGAGGCGGCACUUGGAACUGGAGAUACUGCAAAGGAAGCUGAUUGGGAAGAGAUGUUGAAGGCGAUUGAACGUGACGAAGCAAUUCGCAAGUCGAAACGAGAGAAGCCAGAGCGAAGUGAGCCCGCAAACACAACCUCACCAACCUCAUCCCAGAAUGCAGAGUCUGUCAAGGCUGCACCGACAAACGCAAAACCCGGAAGUCUUGGCAAUUUCAUUUAG